AUGCGCUCGGAGAAAGAGGCAGCCGGCGGGGCCGGAACUGCUGUGGCUGCUCGGGGCUCAAGUACAAGGGAGAAGCCGUCAGUGCCAACCCCACGCGUGGGGCAGGCCAUAGACGUCCAGUUCCGCUGGGAGUCGCCACGGCGGGAGCCUGAACCUCCGCCAGCCUUCGCCUCCGGCUGUGGGGGUGGAGGGGGCGGUGCGGGCAAACCACGAGAGGAGAAGAGGACGGUUCUGAGCAAGGUUGUCAUAAGGCGGCUUCCUCCCAGUCUCACCAAGGAGCAGCUGGAAGAGCAGCUACAUCCACUUCCUGCGCAUGAUUAUUUUGAAUUCUGUACAGCCGAUGUUAGUCUUUAUCCUCAUCUCUACUCAAGAGCAUACAUUAAUUUUAGAAACCCUGAUGACAUCCUUCUUUUCAGAGAUCGUUUUGAUGGCUAUAUCUUCAUUGACGGUAAAGGCCUAGAAUAUCCUGCAGUGGUAGAAUUUGCUCCAUUCCAAAAGAUAUCCAAAAAGAAGCUAAAGAAAAAGGAUGCCAAAACUGGAAGCAUUGAGGAUGAUCCAGAAUAUAAGAAAUUUUUAGAAACUUACUGUAUGGAGGAAGAGAAAACUAGUGCCAAUCCUGAAACUCUUCUGGGAGAGAUAGAGGCAAAGACAAGAGAAGUCUUUGCUAGAAGAACCACACCUCUUUUGGAAUAUAUUAAAAACAGAAAAUUAGAAAAGCAGAGAAUUCGAGAAGAGAGGCGAGAAGAACGAAGGAGAAGGGAGUUAGAAAAGAAACGCUUGCGGGAAGAAGAGAAAAGAAAAAGAAGAGAAGAAGAAAGAUGUAAGAGAAAAGAGGCAGACAAACAAAAGAAAAUUGUUGAGAAAGAAAUAAGGAUCAAGCUUCUUAAGAAACCAGAAAAGGGAGAGGAACCAACCACAGAGAAACCAAAAGAAAGAGCAGAGGAAAUUGAUAUUGGAGAUGGAAAAUGGGAAAAAUUUCCUACCUGUGCAGUCAUAAAAUCCAAGCCCUUAGAAAGCUCACUGAAGGAGCUCAAGGAAAAGUCACAAAAUGACAAUGAUAAAGAGCCAAGGGAUAUGGAGAGAAGAUUUCAAGAAAAAGAACUUGAAACACAAAGAUAUCACUUGGAUGAUGGCAAAAAGCAUAGAGCUCACAAUGAAUUUGAUAAGUGUCUGAGAAGGAAUGAAGAUGAGCUGAAAUGGGGGAAAGGAUUCACCCAAGACAAAGGGAAGAAAGGGAGCCAAAACUGCAGCUUCACUGUGGAGGCAAUAGAGAGACUGGGUAAAGAGGAGAAGUGUGAUGAUGACAUGGCAUCCAAAAAGGAGCGCAUGAGAAAUAAGGACCGGCCAGCCAUGCAGUUAUACCAGCCAGGAGCUCUUGCCCGAGCCCGUUUGGGCUCUACUAACACAUGUGAGUGUGGUGGGACACCUGCUGAGCAGAGUUGUGAUGGGAGGAAGUACGAGACAGAAGCUUCACUUGGGGCAGCUUCUAAGAAGAGUGAAGAAGCAGAGUAA